CCAAAGUGUAACUGUGCAGCUUGUAGGCGUCUGUAAUAAUGAAUAAUGAUCAUUGGUGAGUGUAUUGAAAUACGCUAACUAUUAUUACCGACUAGUUUGGAAUAAGCUAGCGGACGCACCGACCGCGUUUGGUCCGCUAUGAUGAGUUCUAAAAAUGUGAUACGAACAAUUGUUUAUCUAUUGGCAACCGUGCAUUUUGUGAGUUCGUUGAAUAUUUUAGGCAUAUUUCCAUACCCAGGCAAGAGUCACUUCUUCGUGUAUCGUGUGUAUUUACAAGAACUCGCCAGGAGAGGACACAGUGUUACAGUCAUAUCACAUUUUCCGGAAGCUGAGCCUAUACCGAAUUAUCAAGAUGUCAGUCUCGCCGGUAGCAUCAAAAUUCUAGAAGAUGAUUUCCCGUUUGACAAAUCUUACAUCACGCUGCUGUAUACUGGAAUAUAUUUAGUGACAACAGGAAGAGAAAAUUGUAAAGCUAUGCUAGGAAAUAAGGGAGUACAAGAGCUGAUAUCCAAAAAACCUAAAUUCGAUGUAGUCGUUGUGGAACAGUUCAAUAGUGACUGCGCAUUGGGUAUAGCAUACAAAUUAGGAGCACCCGUUAUUGGGAUCAAUUCGCACAUUCUAAUGCCAUGGCAUUACAGUCGGUUCGGUGUUCCACAGAAUCCUGCCUUCGUGCCGUUUCAUUUCUUAGAUGGUGGAUCGAAACCUUCAUUGUUCCAGAAAAUAGAAGUGACUGUUUUUGAUUUAUACUUUAAGGCGCUGUAUUAUUUAUAUGAACAGAGAGGUGAUGAAAAUACUCUAGCUCAAUAUUUUGAUGAUAUUCCACCUCUGGAGACCUUGGCACGAGACAUAAAGCUCCUACUCCUCUAUCAUAAUUUUGUUCUAACGGGAUCAAGGUUAUUUCCAGCAAAUGUAAUUGAAGUUGGGGGAUAUCAUGUUGCUAACGCAAAACCUUUACCUAAGGAUCUACAAAAAUUCAUGGACGAAGCUGAACAUGGGGUAAUUUAUAUUAGCUUUGGAUCUGUUAUAAAGAGUUCCACCAUGCCAGCGGAUAAAUUGAAAGCAGUCCUAGAAACUAUGAAGAGUCUACCGCAAAGGUUCAUUUGGAAAUGGGAGAGCAAAACUCUACUGCUUGAUAAAAAUAAAGUAUACGUGUCAAGUUGGCUUCCUCAAGUAGAUAUAUUAGGUCAUCCAAAAACACUAGCGUUCUUGUCUCAUGCUGGUAUGGGUGGAACUACGGAAUCUCUGCAUUAUGGUGUGCCGAUAGUAGCAAUGCCAAUGUUGGGUGAUCAACCAUCAAACGCUGCUGCUAUCGAAGAAAGUGGACUGGGAGUGAGAAUACAAGCAGAAAAACUAUCAAAAGAAAAUUUACUUGCAGCUUUCCAAAAAGUGCUUCAUCCAAGUUUCAGGGAGAACGUUAAGAGACUGGCAGCGGCUUGGCACGACAGGCCGCUACCGCCGCUGCAGUCAGCGGUUUACUGGACGGAGUUUGCGGCGCGACACCACAACCUUACAUUCCGAACCCCUUCAGCCGACCUCCCCUUCUACCAGUAUUACAAUCUAGAUGUGAUAUUAGUUUAUGCUGUAAUUAUAUUGAUUACCGUUACAAUACUGAGGAAAAUUGUCUCGCUUCUCAAAAUGGAUACAAAAAUUACUAUUUUAUAUUUAGCUGUAGCGUUUGCUUUAACAAAUUAUGUGAGUUCGUUAAGAAUUUUAGGUAUAUUUCCUUACCCGGGCAAAAGUCAUUUUCACGUUCAGCGUGUGUUACUACAAGAACUAGCCAGAAGAGGCCACAGUGUUACUGUUAUAUCCCACUUUCCGGAAACAAAAGAUUUGAGUAACUACCAUGACAUCAGUCUGGCUGGGAGUACUGCCAAAGUUAUAUCAACUACUGGAUAUGAUGAUUUUCCAUUUCUGAAAUUAUAUCUUACUUUACUAUAUCGAGCAAGACCUUUAAUGAAUUCAGGGCGAGAAAGUUGUGAAGUGUUACUAGCGAAUAAGGAAGUGCAAAAACUGAUUGCUGAUAAACCAAAGUUUGACCUUGUGGUCGUGGAACAGUUCAACACAGACUGCGCUUUGGGGGUGGCGUACAAACUACAGGCACCCGUUGUAGGAUUGACUUCUCAUAUACUACUGCCAUGGCAUUAUAGUCGAUUUGGGAUACCACAAAAUCCGUCAUUUGUACCAUUCUCAUUUACACACGGUGGUUCUAAACCAACAAUAUUGCAAAAAAUAGAAGCAAUUAUUUUUAAUGCAUACUUUAAGGCGAUGUUUCAUUACUACGAGCAGAGAGGAGACCAGAAUACUUUGGCUCAGUAUUUCGAUGAUAUUCCGCCCCUGGAGGAUCUGGCCAAAGAAAUUAAGUGUCUCCUCUUAUAUCAAAACUUUGUACUGACCGGGCCCAGAUUGCUUCCACCUAAUGUUAUAGAAGUUGGAGGCUAUCAUAUUACUGAAACAAAACCAUUACCAGAGGACUUGCUGAAGUUUAUAAAUGAAGCUGAGCACGGAGUUAUUUAUGUAAAUUUUGGAUCUGUAAUAAAGAGUUCUACCAUGUCUCAGGAAAGUAAAAAAGCUAUUAUAGGAGCUAUGCAAAGUAUGCCGCAGAGAUUCAUUUGGAAGUGGGAAAGUGAUGACGUACCUCUGUCUAAGGACAAGCUUUUUGUUUUAGACUGGUUUCCUCAGGUAGAUAUAUUAGCUCAUCCGAAAACCUUAGCGUUCUUUUCCCACUGUGGAAUGGCUGGGACCACUGAAGCUAUUCAUUUUGGGGUACCGGUGGUCGCAAUGCCUAAAUACGGAGAUCAACCUGCGAAUGCCGCAGCUGUAGAAGAAAGUGGCAUGGGAGUGAGAGUACAAAUAGAAAAUCUUACAAAAGACAAGAUAUUAGCAGCUUUUGAUAGAGUAUUGGACCCAGAGUUUAGAGAGAACGUGAAGAGGCUGUCUAAAGCGUGGCACGACAGACCUUUGAAGCCGCUGCAAACGGCUGUGUACUGGACUGAGUUUGCGGCACGACACCACAACAUCACGCUUCGCACGCCUGCUGCCGACCUUCCCAUCUACCAAUACUACAAUAUAGACAUACUUGGAGUUGUCACCCUCUUUGCCCUAUUAUUUAUUGUAACUGUAAAAUCUUUAUCACGAAUCUACCAAAGUUUAAAAAGAGUAAAGUUUAACAGUAUGCAAAAAGAGAAUAAAAAAGUAAAGAAACAAUAA